AUGUCUGGCGGCUCGCAGCAUCCUUUUCCGUUUCAUCCUCAGAGCAGCAACCCGCACGACGCCUCUUACCAUUCUUACACGCCAGCGAUUUCAAAUCAGUCGCCCCCCUUCUACGCACAGCACUCUGGCGACUAUUCCAAUCAUCCUCAGCACAGCAGCGCGUCACCUAACCCUGCUACCUCCGAUCAAUUCGGCUUUGGAAAUCACCAACCAGCAUUCCCGCACAACUUUAACGCUCAGUCCGGCCACCACCAUUCCCACCACCCCAACAACCACAACACACAGCCUGAGCUCCUAUCGCAUCAGCAGUACGGAUACCCUGCUGCCUCGGCCGCGUUCGCUCCCAAUUUUGCCAACUUUGCUCCUGACUUGAACGCAGUCGGGGCACAUCUGUCUGGCAACCCAUCCUUCCCGCGACCCACCUCGUCGUCGACAGACCAUCUCCAACCUGGUCACUGGCACCAGCAGCAGGGUCUUUCUCCCGCCUCGUUUGACGGAUCAUUUCGCUCGCCUGCACACUCCCACUCGCCUCAGCCUGUCUCGCAUCCUUACGAGAACCAACCGGGCUUAACACUCGACCAGUACCAGCAGCAGAGCCCUUACGCACCGGCAGCACAGACUUCGCCUGCAGUGCCGUACCAACCCAAGAUCGAACCAGACUUCGACUCCGUCUCGACUCCGCCGCUCCCUCACAUCGACUCCGCCAGCUCUUCGCCGCAGAAGCCCGCCUUUCGCAUCAAACUCAAGCGCACCGUCAAGACGCACGAAACCAGCUCCGGCGGUCAACAAGCCCAAGCUCAACUCCAGAUCGACCCGACAGCAGUCACCAACAUGGCCGUGGGAAGGCCUUCCAGGAACGCUGCAGCUGCAGCUUCCGCCAAUAUCCACAGCUCCUUUUCCGUCAGUCCUGUCAAUCGUGCCCCUCGCGGCCGCCAGAUCAAGCAGCAACCAGGCAGCGAUGAGGAAUUCGAAGAAGUAAGUCAAUCGCGACGAACGGUAUCUCACCAAGCCAAGCAGCACGGGCAUGAGGACAACAAUGAUGUCGACGACGAUGAUGAUGAAGAAGGUGGAGGAGAAGGAAAAAAGGAGAUGGAAGAAGUAGAGAACAACGAGGACCAAAGCUAUGAGCAGAACGGGCGGUUGCAAGCGGCACUUCCAAGGAGAAGCUCGCGCACUCGAUCCAUUCCGCCGUCAGCGCAGCAGACACAGCAGGCACAGCCGCAGACCAGGACUAAGACUAUCAACGUCAAACCCUUGAAGGCGGCAAAGCAGAAAGUCUCUAAUCUUGGCAACGGCAGCAGAGCCAGCACUAGCGUCAGCCGCAGUGCGAGCCGCACUCCGACCCGAACAUCCAAGAGAGGCUUGUCCAGGACCCCAUCGGAUCCAGUGCGCCGCAGUUCCAGAUUAUCUCGCGAUUCGCAGCCUCCCUGGGACCAUGAUAUCGGUUUCGCACCCGCACCCCCGCAGAAUUCAGGGCGGUCCUUCGAACUCGUGGACGAGACGCUGAGACAGCAACUGGAUGCAGACGAGCAUGACGACGAAGACGAGGACGCCGAGGCAGAGCCCGAUGAGGAUGCCGAAGGCGAGCAAAAUUCUCGCGUCAAGGCAGAAGUGUAUGACGAAGAGCCGGAGCCUAUUCUCUCCACCAGUCGCUCGGGACGAGUGCGCCGCCAGAGAGUGACCAACAUGGCAGAGUCCGAAGAUUCCGACGCUGUGGACGAUGACGAUGAGGAGGCAGUAGGACCGCGACGCUCCUCUCGGCGACUCCAAUCCAACGCACUCGACGGCUUCGUUGCUGCUGAUGACGAUGAAGAGGAGGACGACGAGGGAGAGUACGGUUCGAAGCGCACCACGCGAUCCUCUGGCCGCUUGCAACGCGGCGGCAAUGCCGGCAACAAUCGUCUCGUCGAGAUGGCUGCCAAGAAGCGUGCUGCAAACGGCCGUGGUCGACCCCAAAAGCGCAAGCCUCGCGACGAAGAAUACGAGAUGGAGGGCGAGGAGACGCCAGAGGAAGAGCAAAUCUCUGGAGCUGAGGACGACCCGCUCGACAUCCACAGUGACGAGCCGGAAGGCAGCCAGGGCAAGUCGUAUUCGCUUCGCCAACGCAAGAAGGUCAACUACUCGCUCGUUCCGCCUCCGCCCUCGCCGCCAAGGGACGGUUUCGGUCGUCCCAUCAAGAACAAUCGCGGCCGCAGCGCCAAUGGAGCCUACGAACUAGAUCCUAGCGGUGGCGAUCCUGCUUCUGGUGCACCGGGCGCCGGUUUGCCAAUGCCAUUCCCUGGUCGCGGCAAGAAGGGCAAGGAAGGCUGGGACGCGUUGCCGUCCUCCAUGACUGGUAAAGACUACGCGCGCAUUUUCGGCGACCCCGUCGACAGCUCCGACGAAGAAUUGCAGAACAACGCAAUGCGCAAGCCCGGUGCUCCCGCCGCGCUCGGCGGUGGACCUGCCGGAGGACUGUUGGGUGGUGCUGGCGGUGCCGCUGGACCUCCAGGCGGCUUGACCGGCGCCGGUGGCACAGAUAGCUUUGGCCGAAUCAAGAAGAGCGGCGACCCUCUGGCCGAUAUCGAUCCCCUUGGCGUCGACAUGAACAUUGACUUUGACAGCGUCGGUGGUCUCGAUGGCCACAUCCAACAGCUCAAGGAAAUGGUCAUGCUGCCCUUGCUUUACCCGGAAGUCUUCCAACGCUUCAAAGUGACGCCACCGCGUGGUGUGCUUUUCCAUGGACCGCCCGGUACCGGUAAGACUCUCGUCGCGCGCGCCCUCGCUGCCAGCUGUAGCACCGAAGGCCAGCAGGUUAGCUUCUUCAUGCGCAAAGGCGCCGAUUGUCUCUCCAAGUGGGUCGGUGAAGCUGAAAGGCAGCUGCGUCUCUUGUUCGAGGAGGCGAGGAACUCGCAGCCCAGCAUCAUCUUCUUCGACGAGAUCGACGGUCUGGCGCCCGUUCGUUCGAGCAAGCAGGAUCAAAUCCAUGCCAGUAUCGUCAGCACCAUGCUGGCCCUCAUGGAUGGCAUGGAUGGGCGAGGUCAGGUCGUCGUCAUUGGUGCCACCAAUCGACCUGAUAGCGUCGAUCCAGCUCUGCGUCGCCCCGGUCGAUUCGAUCGAGAGUUCUAUUUCCCCUUGCCUUCGCUCGAGGCCCGCAAGAGCAUCAUCAAUAUCCACACGAAAAAGUGGGAGCCUCCGCUUGACGACGAUUUCAAGGCGAGGUUGGCCGAGGUUACCAAGGGCUACGGAGGUGCGGAUCUACGCGCACUCUGUACCGAGGCCGCGCUGAACGCCAUCCAGAGGCGCUAUCCGCAAAUCUACUCGACCACCGACCGCUUGCUGCUCGACCCUGCAUCGAUUCAGGUCGACGCCAAGGACUUCAUGAUGUCGGUCAACAAGAUCGUUCCAUCGUCUGCGAGGGCUAGCGCAUCUGCGGCAGCGCCGCUGCCCGAACGCUUGGCACCGCUGCUAGGACACGUUGUUCAGGAUGCCAUCAGCGUGCUCGACAGGAUCCUGCCACCAGUGUCUAAGCGGAACCCGCUGGAAGAGGCGCUCUGGGAAGACGACGCCUUCGCACCCCAGGGACUGACAUCUGGUCUUUCGGCGGCUGACAAGCUGGGCGGCGAUCGCGGAUUUGGUCGCGAGAUGCUGCUGCAGUCGUUCGAGGCGCAGCGUGUCUACCGCCCGCGCAUGCUUGUCCACGGUGAUGUCGGCAUGGGCCAGGGCGCCGUCGGUGCUGCGCUGCUGCAGCACCUCGAAGGCUACCACGUGCAAUCGCUCGACAUCGGCACGCUGCUCGGCGACAGCGCGCGUACACCCGAAGCUGCGAUCAUCCAACUAUUCGUUGAAGCCAAGCGACACAAGCCAAGCGUGCUUUACAUUCCCGGGAUCGUACACUGGUCGCGCUCCGUCUCGGAAAGUGUCAAGACCACCUUCAAGGCGCUCCUUGAUGGACUCACAGAUGCUGAUCCUGUUAUGCUCCUCGGUAUCGCCGAGGCACCGCUGGAUGAGCUCGACGACGAAGUGCACUCGUGGUUCAACUUCCUCGAUGACGAUAUUGUCGAGAUCUCACGACCUGACGACGAGAGUCGACGCGGAUUCUUCAAGGAGAUCUUUGAUCACAUCAUCCGGCCUCCAACUGAGUUCCCCGAUGCUCUGCCACGACGCAAGAAGGUGCUCGAGGAACUGCCAAAGGCACCGCCUCGGCCACCGCGCAAGCUCACCCAGGCCGAGCUGCAGCAGCAGGUCGAGAACGACAACAAGCUGCUCGAACACCUCAAGUACCGCCUGGGACCUGUGCUUGCCGAGCUCAGGAAAAAGUUCAAGAAAUUCACCCGCGACGUGUGGGACGAAUACAACCUGCGAGAACUCACCCAGGCCUUCGAGUGGAAGCGCGAAAAGGGCAAGAUCACCGUCGAGCUCCGCUACUACGAGCCUGGAGCCGCGGCUCGACUGGCAGCAGAGGCAGCGGCGGCCGAGGAAGCCGUGGAGGAUCAGACGAUGCUCGAAACGGAGGCGGAGAUUGCCGCAAAGCGCGGCAUCACUGCAGCUCAAUUCAUGGGCCCUCCGGCAGCGAUCAUCAGCGAGAUUGCUGCAGAAGAGGCUGGCGAACUUGCCAACGGCGGAGAAGCGAUAUCUGCGGGCGACGUGGAGAUGACCAAUGGCGAUGCGGCUGCCAACGGGGCCAUUGUCAAUGGCACAAUCAACGGCGUCCAUGUCGCUGGCGGACCUGACGGCCAAGUCGUGACUGCUAUCCAGCCUCCGACUUUCGACGACGACGAAGUUGUCACUGCUGAUGCUGUCGAUGCAACAGCAUCGGCUGCGGCGGCUGCCGAUCCCUCAUCGAGCUCGGCUCUUGCAGACACGUCGAUCGCCUCGGCCGCGGCCGCAGCCAACGGAGCGUCCGGGGACGAUCCCGACUAUCGCACGCGCACCAUGCCCAUCUGGACGAUGAACCUGGAAAAGAUGCAGAAGCACCUCUACUACGGCAACUAUCGAUCGUGCUCGGCCUUCCUGGCAGACAUUCAGAAGAUCGUCGACAACGCCGAGCAAGCUGCUGAAGUGGACCGAGAUCGACUCUUCCGAGCGCACCAGAUGCGCAACCUGGCGAUUGUGCUGAUGGAUCAGUACAUCGACGCUGGGUUCCGCGAGGAAUGCGAUCGUAUGGCGUUGCGGCAGAUGGCGCGGGACCAGGAGGCGGACGAGGCGACGGAGAAGGCGAAGCAGAGCGCCAGCGAGGCGGCUGCGAAGAAGGCCGAGGGGGCGAAGGGCGAGAGGGCGAGCGCUAGGAUUGCGGGCAAGGAGCCGGAGUUGGUGGGUGGUUUGGAGAACGGUGAUCGGUCGGCCAAUAAGCGGCAGAGGAGUGUCAGUGCUCAGGUGGCUUCGGCUGAUGCGGAGAAGGCGACCGAGCAGUCGGAUGCGAUGGUGGAGGAUGACGAGGCGAGAAAACGAGCUCGUCUCGCCUCGCCUUCCUCUACCACCGACGGUCCGAACACUACCGAUGCUUCCACCGCAUCGUCCCUACCUACUUCUCUCGCCCCGAUCAGACCUGUCGAGCCGCAACCGCAGCCGGAAGUCGAACACCCACCGCUCGUCUACACCGCGACGUCGUACGAGAACCUCAAGAACUACAUCAUCUCCUCUUCGGCCCGCUACAACAUCGAUCAGCUUUCGCGGCUGAGAGCGGCGUGCUUCAAUGCGAUCUGGAGCCAUCGCAGCGAUUGGGAUCGCGAUGCACUGAUCGGCAGGCUGAUCGAGAUUACGAACAAGUCGGAGGAGGCGGUGAGGAGGGAGAGUCGGAUGGGUGCGAGGGUGGGAGUGUGA